AAGUUGUUUUGAGAUCAAAAAGUUAGGAGAGUUGUUUUUUUAAAAUUAAUCUUCUCAUGCCGAUUAGCGGAGUUUUUAUUGACAUUUGCAUUGCGUCGAACGAUCACGUCAUCGAGUUAUGAAAUUUUUUAUCGCCUGAGCAUUUGUUAAAACAAACAACAUUUGUUUUCUCGUUAUCGUUAACAUUAGUCACACCUGAAUAAUCCUAUUGAAUCGCUUCUAGAAAUUUCUUUUUCUUGCCUUAUAAAUGAUUGUUGUCUUCAAAUUCGUUUAUUCAUUACAUUUUUAUCCAUCUCUGCCAUACAUAUACGUAUUCUUCAUAUAUAUCCAUAGUCAGAAAAAACCACUUAACGAUGUUAAUGUAAUAGAUUAAAAAAGUAUUAUCCGGAGGAGAGGUAAAGGAGUAUAAGUCAUGGAUACUGCAUAUCAGUAGUAGACAAAAGAAAAAGAAUCUUUUUGGAAAAAUUGAACGCGUUAGCCUCGCCCCUUAGAUACUUAUCAUAUUCCUACACGUGUGUGCUUUACAUUCAUCCAAAAAUUUAUCGAAGUACAGUGAAGACAAAUAAAAAUAUUAUCUCGGCGAUGGCUUGAUGUGGGGAUUACAUAAGAAAUAUAGAAACUUUAGGGCUUAAUAUCUCGACUUCGAUAUCGCUAGGCUUCCGUAAAACAGGUAAGCAUGUCGUUGUUCAAAGCGCGUGCCGCCCCCAGGUCUCCUACGUCGGAGAAGGUUCUGAACGGUGGAUCUCAUUACCAUAAUCAUCAUAAUCAACCAAAUGGUAACGAGAACGAUCAGGAAGGGUCUGAAGGGACUCAUAAUCAACAACAAAAUGGUAACCAAGAGCAAAGGCGACCUUCUAAAGUACAUAAGCCUCCUCUAGUCUUCUACUGUCAACUGGCUCAUGGGAGUCCAACAGGAUUGAUAUCAGGAUUCAAUAACGUACGAGAACUUUACCAGAAAAUAGCGGAUUGCUAUGAUAUACCAAUGGAAGAAAUCCUCUUUUGUACCCUGAAUACUCACAAAAUAAAAAUGAGCGAAUUAUUGGGAGGCCAGAUAGGAGUAGGUGACUUUAUAUUUGCACACAGAAAAGGGAGACGUAAAGAGAUAGAAUUGGUGAAAACGAAUGACUCCCUUGGAUUAACCAUAACCGACAACGGAACAGGUUACGCCUUCAUAAAGCGCAUCAAAGAAGACUCGAUAAUCGAUAGGAUAAAAGUGAUCGAAAUUGGAGAUCACUUGGAAAAAAUCAACUCCACCAGUCUAGUUGGCAAACGUCAUUUCGAAGUGGCAAAGGUGUUGAAAGAGAUCCCUAAGGGAGACACAUUCACGCUAAGGCUUGUGGAACCAUUGAAAAAUGGUUUUGCCAACAUUGGUCCACGAGGUGAUACGAAGAAAGGAAAAAAAUCCGGUUAUGGAACUGGAAAGGAAACCCUCAGGUUCAAAGCUGAUGGAAGUGCACAGAUUAUAGAAAAGGUGGAUGAUGCUGCCACUAUAGCCAUAGAGAAGAUCAACGUUAUCCUAGAGAGCUUCAUGGGCAUUUAUGACACGGAAUUAGCUACACAAAUUUGGGAGCUUGCAGAGAACAAGCGCAAUAGUAGUGAAUUUGCAGAAGCAAUCGAUAAUUCGGAUUUAGAGGCUUUCGGAUUUACGGAUGACUUUGUCAUUGAGUUAUGGGGCGCUGUGACUGAUGCCAGAGCUGGAAGACAUCGAUGAUGUCGACGAUUAUGUCAAUUAAUAGAACCAAACAAAGAAAGAGCCAAGAGGAACCCUUUUCUAUUAUUAGCAGCUUAAAAUUUGUGCCGUAAAAAUGUGGCAUGCAGAUAACAAUUGAAUUGUAAAUUAAUUGUAAUAGUUAACGCUUAAAAUUUGUACAAUUUAUAUUAUAAAUUUAUACAUAUUUAAAAUUAUACAAAAUAAAAUAAUAAAUAAACUUGAAAAAAUUA